AUGGAGGAAUUGGAUGAAAAACUAACUGCCAUUAACGAGCAGUUGCAGAAAUUGAUGGAUGGGAUGAUGGUUAUCAGUGAGCACAAUGUGCAGACUGAUAAGGAGUUACUGGAGUUGAAGGAAUCCAUGGGAAUGAUGAAUCAAAAGGGAAAGGAAAAGGAAACAAUGAGAGCUGAAUCAUCAAAUAUCAGAAUUGGAUCGAUGGAUCCUCAACAGGAAGGCAGAGGCAGAGAAGUUCAGCAAGGUAUGAAUCAUAGUAGCAACCAUCUCACUCGAUAUUCUAAACUGGAAUUCCCUAGAUUUGCUGGAAUAGAUUUAAAAAAUUGGUUGUAUAAGGUCGAUCAAUUCUUCUCUAUGGAUGAAGUUGCUUUUGAUCAAAGAGUUAAGGUAGCUUCUAUCCAUUUUGAUGGAGAGGCCAUUGCUUGGCAUAGAUCAUUCAUGAGAUCUAGGAAUUCUGUGCUAGAUCCCACUUGGACUGAGUAUGUGUUGGCAUUGAAUGAAAGGUUUGGAGAUGGAUUCGAAGAUCACAUGGAGGCAUUGAAAAAUCUGCAACAAACUGGUAGUGUUAGGGAAUACCAGUUAUUCCUUGGAGGCUUAAAAACAGAAUUGAACAAAUCUGUUAGAAUUCAAUCCCCCAGAACCUUGUUACAAGCUUAUAAGAUUGCUAGGUUACAAGAAGAAGUGUUUGAAGCUCAAGCUGAAUCAUGGGGAUUUAAGCCUAGAUUGAGUGACAGUUCUGGCCUUUUGCCUAAUCCCAAUAACAAUAAACUCCAAUAUAACCCAAAGAGCCAAAUACCAAACUCCACUAUCAAAAAGCCUUUUGAACCUAAUUUUACAAAAAACAACAGACCUUAUGGGAGGAGUUUGACUGUAGCUGAAAUGGAUGAGAAAAGAUCCAAGGGUCUAUGUUUCUUUUGUGAUGAAAAGUAUACACCAGGCCACAAGUGUAAGAACAACAAGCAAUUGUGCAGCAGGGUAUCAGACCAUAAGAGUCACUGUUACCAUGAGAAAAGACCAUUGCAGGUGUUGAUAGACACUGGGAGCACUCACAACUUUAUUGAUGAAUUAGUAGCUGCUAAAUUGGGCUGCAAAACUUGUUCAAUUCAAAGACAAUCUGUUAGUGUUGCAGAUGGUAGGAAGGUGCAGACUGCUUCAGUUUGUAAGGAUAUGAAAUGGUUACUGCAAGAUAUUGUAUUGGGAGUUCAAUGGUUGAAUACUUUAGGAAGGAUAUUGUUUGACUUCAAAAAAAGAACAAUUGAAUUCAUAUACCAGGGAAAGAAACAUGUUUUGAGGGGUGCUAAUGACCAACUUAAGACUGCUAAGGUUAAGAGUUUGGUUAAGAAGAGUAGUGAUGAAGCUCAAUUCUUUAUAAUGUCCUUAGAUAGUGAGGCUAGUGGUAUUCAUUGCCACAGUAUACAGGCUAUACCCAGAGCUGAUCAAUUGCCAGAAUUAGCAGCUCUCAUUAAACAGUAUGAUAGGGUAUUUGAACCACCUACUACACUACCACCUCAUAAGGGCUCUUUUGAUCACAGAAUUCCUCUUAAGGAAGCUUCCAAUCCUGUGAAUAAGAGACCUUAUAGGUACCCUGGGAUUAAAAAGGACAUAAUUGAGAAGUUGGUACAAGAGAUGUUGGAUCAAGGGGUGAUUCAGCUCAGCUGUAGUCCUUAUGCUUCUCCAGUAGUUUUGGUGGGAAAGAAGGAUGGUAGCUGGAGGCUUUGUGUUGACUAUAGGAGUCUCAAUCAAAUGACCAUAAAGGAUAAGUUCCCUAUUCCUAUGAUUGAGGACCUAUUGGAUGAAUUACAUGGUGCUAAGGUAUUCUCAAAAAUAGACCUCAGGGCUGGUUAUCAUCAAUUGAGAAUGGCUGAAGGGGAUAUCAACAAGACUGCCUUUAGGACUCAUGAAGGACACUAUGAAUUUUUGGUUAUCCAUUUGGCUUGA